AUGCUGGCGGUGAGUCUCGCAGCGGUCAAUUCUGGCGCGCCGUCUUUAGGAUCGUCGUACGGCCCAUUAAACGGUUCUUGGGACGUUUCCUCCGUGACGGAUUGUUUACUCAGCUGCAGUUCGGCGAGAAUCUGGUCGAUGUCCUGCUCGUCUGCAGUUGCCGGCUUCUUGGCCUUGUUCUUCUUCUUCUUGCUGGAAGUUUUCCCAGACACUGGGGCCGGUUUGCUUGAGACCGGGAUGGUUUCGCUGUCUGUGUCUUCAGACUCGUCGUCGUCCUCGCCACCGAGCAACUGGAACGCAUUUACAGCCCUCGGCAGCGAAGGUGCUGUGUGGCUUCCACUUGGAAGAAGUCAAUGGAGUAGUCUCUUCAAGCAUCUUGUCAACCUGCUCCAAAGUCAAACCCUUGGUUUCUGGGAUCAACAGAAUGGCGUACAACAGGCAGCAUCCGCACAAGGAUCCCCAGAUGAAGAACACCUUGGCUCCAAGGUUACCCUUGUCCUUGUCGGUCAUGUAUGGAGUAAUAACGGCGAUAAUACAGUUCCAAAGCCAGUUGGAAGCGGUCGAGAGACCAACACCUCUGGAUCUGAUAGGCAAUGGGAAGAUCUCACCGAUAAUAACCCAGGCUCCUGGACCCCAAGUCGAUGCAAAGAAGAAGAUGUAGAUGCAGAUGAAGGCGAUCAUGGCACUGACAGUUUUGUGGUUGUCUCCAUCAACAACACCAGCAAUAGCAACGAUGAAUUGACACACAACCAUACCGAGAGCACCGUAGAUCAUCAAUGGACGACGUCCAACUUUCUCCAUGGUAACGAACGAAACUGGAGUGGAGAAAACGUUGACGAUGGUGGUGAUCAUGGAAAUAAGGAACUCGUUGCUAAUGGUGCCCAGUUCCUGGAAGAAAGUGGUACCGAAGUAGAAGAUGAAGUUGACACCGGUCCAUUGUUGCAUCAUUUGCAGCGAGGUACCCAAGAUGGUCUUUCUGAGGUUGGAAGAUGGCUUUCUGAGGCCACCGGUGAAGCAGGCGGCCCAAGAGCCAAUGUAACUGGUGGUUGGGAUAACGCUCUGUUCGUAUUCGUGGUUGGCCACAAUCUCGGCCAAUUCCUCCUGGAUGUAGUCGCUGUCGACGGCCUGUCCUCUGAGUCUGGAAAGAACCUUAGCAGCCUUGUCGAACUGGCCCUUCUUGACGUAGUAUCUUGGGGAGUCUGGGAGCAAGAGCAAACCACCUCCCAAGAUGAUAGCCCAAAGCAGUUGCAAACCAAUAGGAAUUCUGUAGGAGCCAGAGUCGGUUCUGUGCUCGGUACCGUAGUCAACACAGGAAGCCACCAUCAAUCCGAUGGUGACAAAGAACUGGUAACCAGAAACGAUAGCACCUCUCACCUUUCUCGGCGAGAUUUCCGAAAGGUACAACACAACAAUAGCGGACACGAAACCGACACCCACACCGGCAAUCACUCUUCCCACCACAAGCAAAGCAAUGGUGGCAGAGGCAGUUUGCAGAACAACACCAAGAGAAUAAACAGCGCAACCACUAACGAUGAUGGUUCUUCUACCGAACAUGUCGGCCAAAUCACCAGCCACAACGGCUCCCACAAAAUCCAUUCCCAUGACACCGGAAAUGUAUCCAGAGUCAUAUCCGAACAGAAUACCACCAAAAGCACCGAAAGCACACAUGAGAUAAGCUCUAAGAGUCAGAGGAGCUUCAACUCUGUUGACGUCGGAGGUACCUCCGACCGCCAUGGCAAUACCAGCGUCGUUUUCCAUUAUUGA